GAACAUUGAACUUAAACAAAUGUGAUAUAGUAGCAUUCACGUCCUUAACAACAUUCAGAGCAUACAGACAAAGCCAUGCCUAAAACUAUAUAUAGGAAUCAACUCAAAUGUACUUUAACAUCAAGCAAGAAUUACAUUCCAAAACUGACAUAAGCGCUACACGACGUCAUUUCAAGAAGAUGGCAAGCAGCCAACUUAUCCUGAUCGUCUCUUUGCUCUUUGCAUUAGCCAUUCCACUGACAACCGCUUAUAAAAAAGCCCCAGCUAAGCCUGUAGAGAAGACUGCGCAAGUGGUGGUUGAAGGCAUGGUUUACUGCCAGAGCUGUGAUAACUAUGGAUCAUGGUCUCUCUCAGGUGCUAAGCCCAUCGCAGCAGCUAAAGUUAGUGUUAUCUGCAAAAAUUACAUGAAAAGAGUAAGCUACUAUAAGGCAUUUCAAACGGAUAAAAAUGGCUACUUAUUUGCAGAGCUGGAUGGCUUCAAAAUGGGGCAUUCUUAUCUUGACCAUCCUCUCCAUUCAUGCCGCGUGAAACUUGUCUCCUCUCCUCUUGAAAACUGCAAUGUCUUCACUAAUGUCAACUAUGGACUCACCGGCGCUCCACUCCGAUUUUUAGACAAAACAUUGAGGCGGAGUAAUUAUGAGGCUGUGAUUUAUGCUGCAGGCCCCUUUGCUUUCCGACCAGCUUACUGCCCUCCUAAACCAGAGUAUUAAUUGAUUUUCACCAUGUAUUAUUUUGAUUUUUUCCUGGUUCUAUGUUUUCACAAGAGUCUUGAGUACAAUUUAUUUCUAUUUUCUAGAAAUAGAGUCUUGAGUGCAACAUUCUUCACAUCGCAGCAACUUUUUGUUCCCGUUGCAUUUCAUAAUUGAUUAUUCCAGUUACAAUC